AUGGCAGCCGAAGUGCAGCCGCUGGCGACGCUCAAGUUGCCCACGGUCGUCAGCCCCAUCACGGCCGAGCAGCGCUACUGGAAGUCCUUCAAGAACCAGAAAUCCCACACCUCGACGGCAGCAUGGCCCAUCUCGCACAUCAGCUUCCCCGGCUCGAGCAACGGCUCAGCCGCGUCGCACUCCCUCGUCGCCGCCGCUAAGGCCAACGACCUCUUCGCCGUCACUUCGGGUCCCCGUGUCGACAUCUUCUCCAUCCGCAAGCGCGAGCUGCUCAAGACCAUCGGCCGUUUCGACUCCGAGGCUCACAGCGGUGAGAUCCGCGCCGACGGGCGCGUCCUCGUGGCCGGUGAGGACUCCGGCAAGAUGCAGGUCUUCGAUGUCGGCACCGGCACGCGCGCCGUCAUCCUCAAGACCUGGCAUAUCCACAAGCAGCCCGUCUGGGUAACCAAGUGGUCGCCCGCCGAGCUGACGACGCUCAUGUCUUGCUCCGACGACAAGACUGUUCGUCUCUGGGACCUGCCCUCCAACGCGCCCUCGCGCAUGUUCUCCGGCCACCAGGAUUACGUCCGUUCCGGCGCCUUCAUGCCUGACCGCAACAACCUCCUCGUCUCCGGUUCCUACGACUCGACCGUCCGCAUCUGGGACGCCCGUGCCCCCGGCGGUUCCGUCCUCACCUUCAAGCACGCCGACCCGAUCGAGGAAGUCCUCCCGCUCCCCGGCGGUACCACCCUUCUCGCCGCCACAGGCUCCGCCAUCUCGGUCCUCGAUCUCGUGGCCGCUAAGCCCCUUCGCCUGAUCACCAACCACCAAAAGACCGUCACCACGCUCUCCCUGGCCUCCAACGGCCGCCGCGUCGUCUCCGGCUCUCUCGACGGCCACGUCAAGGUCUUCGAGACUACAAACUGGAACGUCGUCUCCGGAUCCAAGUACCCCAGUCCCAUCCUCUCCCUCUCCGUUAUCGCGGCGGGAGCAGGCCACGAAGACCGCCACCUGGCCGUCGGCAUGCAAUCCGGCGUCCUGUCUCUCCGCACCCGUCUCUCAGGCGCAUCCGCCGAAAAGGCCCGCGCCCGCGCAACCGAAGACAAGCUCAUGGUCGAGGGCGCCACCUCCAAGCUCGCCAAGAUCGACCAGGCAAAGGCCAAGCGCAAGCGCAACGCCGUGUCCAACAAGUCCAUGGCUCUUUUGGGGGAAAACGUGGACGUGAUCAUCCCCACCGACACGACCAACUCCGCCGGCGGCCGCAAGCGCCGGGUGAAGCUGAAGCCGUGGCAGCGUGAUUUCCGCGAGGGCCGCUAUGCAGCCUGCCUCGACUCCGUCCUCGAUUUCUCCUCGCAGGAGUACCAGCCCGUCACGGCCCUUUCCGUGCUCGUCGCCCUCCGCCAUCGUUCUGCCUUGAGGGAAGCCCUCGAAGGCCGCGACGAGGUUACUGUCCUCCCGCUGCUGAAGUGGGUGAUCAAGUACAUCUCUGACCCGCGGUAUGCUACGGUGUGCGUGGACGUGGCGUUCCAGCUGUUUGAUAUCUACAGCGAGUACGUGGGCGGCAGCACGGAGCUGGCGGAUCAGUUUGCUGUCAUGACGGGCAAGGUCAGCAGGGAGGUGGAGAAGGCGCAGAUGGCGAUUAUCACGAAUGGAAUGGUGGAGAGCCUGAUGAUUGGGGGUGCUGAGGCUUAG